UCCUUUCAUGUGCCAGAAGCAGACUUCCUCUCUCAUUGUUUAAGAGAUUCCUCACUAUGUGACUAUUAACUGUGGAAUUUAGCCUCCUACUUUCGCCACGUAUGUAGAACAGAUAGAUUUCCCCUCUGCAAAAUGUUGCAUCCUGGUUCUUUGAAAUCCCAUUGAAUUUGGAGAAAUUAUGUUUUGGCAUUCAACCUAUUUUCCUGGAACAUAGCGUGAUGCUUACGACACAACCGAGUCACUGCACUUGACAAUAAAUUUGCUUGUCUCGUUUCACUUGGAUAUUCAGUAAUGAGUAAGAGCAGAAGAGGAAAGCCUUACUUACCACAGUUUAUUAUGUUUCAUGCCCAUGAUAAUUACUUUUAUAAUGCCACUCAUGAAUACAUUGAUCAGAUUAGGAUGAAUCACCUGGCUGGCCAAUAGCUAUUGGAAUGACUCUCCAUAUGUGACUUGGUUGUGUUCUUACAAAACGUGGAAGAAUAGACCCGCCCAGCCAUUGGAGCAGUUUUCAUCUGUCAUGCUGAAGAGAUGAGAGCGAACUGCUCCCGCAGCCCAGCCUGCUCUGCCAACGCUUCCAGGGAGGAGUCGCCUGUGGGCCCGGAGGUACAUGGGAACCUGGAGCUUGUUUUCACAGUGGUGUCAGCCGUGAUGAUGGGCCUGCUCAUGUUCUCCUUGGGAUGCUCUGUGGAGUUCCGGAAGCUAUGGCUGCACAUCAGGAGACCCUGGGGCAUUGCUGUAGGACUGCUCUGCCAGUUUGGUCUCAUGCCUCUUAUAGCCUAUCUGCUGGCCAUCAGCUUCUCUCUGAAGCCAGCCCAAGCCAUUGCUGUUCUCAUCAUGGGGUGCUGCCCAGGGGGAACCAUCUCGAACAUUUUCACCUUCUGGGUCGAUGGAGAUAUGGAUCUCAGCAUCACGAUGACGACCUGCUCCACCGUGGCUGCCCUGGGGAUGAUGCCGCUCUGCCUGUAUCUCUACACCUUGUCCUGGAAUCUGGAGCAGACUCUCACCAUUCCGUAUCAGAAUAUAGGAAUCGCCCUUGUGUGUCUGACCAUCCCUGUGGCCUUCGGCAUCUAUGUGAAUUACAGGUGGCCUAAGCAAUCCAAAAUCAUUCUCAAGAUUGGGGCCAUUCUUGGUGGGGUCCUCCUUUUGGUGGUUGCAGUGGCUGGUAUGGUGUUGGCAAAAGGAUUUUGGAACUCAGACAUGACUCUCCUGACCAUCAGUUUCAUCUUCCCUUUGAUUGGCCAUGUCGCGGGCUUUCUGCUGGCACUUCUUACCCACCAGUCUUGGCAGAGGUGCAGGACGAUCUCCUUAGAAACCGGAGCUCAGAAUAUUCAGAUGUGCGUCACCAUGCUGCAGCUGUCUUUCCCUGCCAAGCAGCUGGUCCAGAUGCUUAGCUUCCCACUGGCCUACGGACUCUUCCAGCUGCUGGACGGGUUUCUCAUUGUCGCAGCGUACAAGAUGUACAAGUGGAGAUCGAAGAAUGAACACAGAAAAAAGAACACGGGUCGUGAAGAAGGCUGCCAUAACAAGAAAUCCCCUUCUCCCAACGAGACUGGUGCAUUUUUGGAGAUGAAUGAAGAAGGUGCCAUAACUCCUGGGCCAUCAGUGCUGACGGAUCUGCACACAACCCGUGAGCCAACUGGCCACGUCUCCUCUUGUACCUAGUAAGGGCUGCUGGCCUGACUGGUCUCCGUCUUCCUCAGCGGCCAGUAAAGACAGUGUAGAGCUGAUGUGUGGAUCUCAUUGGCAGGGCCUAUGGGAAUAUUUGGAUACUUAUAUUUUCUGGUGGUUUGUGAACUGUCAUAGGAUCCAUUUUUGAGAAUGUUUUCUGCCUAUCUCAGGGAGUUUUGGGGGGCUUGCACACUGUAUUGACUAGCUGCCGUGCGUGUUCUUGUCUUUCCACGUAGUGAAGAGUAACGCUGUCAUGCAAUGUCAUCCUGGAUCUUAACUUCCCGAGACUUAGGACUCUGUAGAGGAGAUGUCACCUCCUACUGCAGGGAAAGAAGAGUCUGGACCCGCUUGACUUUUUGACUUGGGACAGGUUCUUUGGAGCAUUGGGGAGGGGGCAUACAGUUCCCCCCAAAAAUGAGGCCGUUUCUCAAAUAAUAGUAAUUUUUGUAGGGCUUGGACAUCUUUUUGGAUUAUAGAUGCAACACAGUUUAGGGGGAAUUUAAUGACCACUUGUGGUUAAAAGGUGAGUGUCCCAUGUGUCCACUCCCCAAUGACAGGCACGAUGCAUAACGCUUGCUGUGUAUAUAUCAUCCCAUAUACUGAGACCAUUCCGUGUACACGGUUUCAUAAGCCACUUGAUGACAUGUUAUGGAGCAUCUUUCCACGUCAGUCUUUGUUGACCUACCUCAUCCUUUAGAACCAUGGCUUCAUAGAAGGAUUCCGUUGCAUAGAAGUCCUGUAAUUUAUUUACCAUUCCUUGUUUGCGGACGUUGACAUAGCUUUCAGCCCACUGGGAUUAGAAGGCUGCUAUGAACCCCCGUACCGUCGUGCGAGCGUUUCCGGAGGGUCACUUCUUGUGACUUGAACUGCCAGGCCGAGUGCACCCCGAGGUGUUGGUCAGGCUGCUCCCUGGUGAUGUAAGUGGUGACUGCGUGGGCCUGGCUGCCCGUGGCUGCACCAGUCUAACGAAUGAUCAGUUCCGAUUUGUGAAAAUAUCUCAUUUAAAAUUGCAUUUAAAAACGCGAUGAGUGAAGUAGUCUUUUUCACGAUCGCUUGCCUAUUUUCUAUUGUAAUUUUCCCUUUUUGAUUGUUAACAUUGUAACACCUCAUGAAGAGUGACACCUUGUCUUAUUUUGUGCACAUUUUGCCUACUUUUAAUCUUUUAGCUUUUGUUUUUCUGUAUCUUUUACUGUAUAGAAGUUUUAUGUAUUUUUUAUAUAUUUAGCUUUAUGAGUCUAUUGAACUUGAUAUCUGACAAGUGUUCUAUUUUUGUGUGUAUUGUGAAUUAUGAUAGUAUUUCCUUUUUGAGAAUGUAUUUAACCCCUUUGCAAGGUGUUCUAUUUGGGGGUUUGUACCUGUAUUUACUGUCUGCUAUGUGUGCUGUCUGGGAGGAGGUAAACACGUCCUCCUCUAUUCUGACGUAAUUAAAAACAUUUCCCAUA